GUUCUGUGGUCUUAACAGCGAGGUUACCAACGGUUUUUCCGCCUGAUAUUUUUUUAAUCGCUUGCUUGCCUAUUGCCUGAACAUUUGAGCUCUACCGUGUUUCCACUGAAUAUUUUGAGAAUUUAAUUAUUGAUAUUCUGAUUUUUUGCUUAAUUGCUCAAAGAUUUGUGCUCCAAGUUGUUAACGAUAUUUUUGAGAAUUUGGGAGUUUUUUCAAGCAAUUUUCAUUGCUCUAUUUUAUAGCUGUUUGUAAUUCAGGAGUUUCUUCAAAUUGAAGCAAUUUUCAUUGCUUCAAUUUAUAAUAACUAUUUGUAUCUAAGCUUUCAGGAAAUAGAUAUUCGAACAUGGAUGGAGAAAACGAUAAACUGAUUUGUCAAAUAUGUGGAAAGAAAUACUCCAGUAGUUCCGCGAAAUAUCGUCAUUUGAGAGAGGUUCAUAAUGAGGAACCUCCUGCUAAACAGACGGUGCAUAUUAAAUGCCCCAUUUGCCCUCAAGAAGAAAAAGUGGCUCUCGAGUCUCAUGACAUGUUGAUUCACCACUUUCAGCAGAUUCAUUCUCUGAGUAUCAAGACAUCAUUUUUAACUUUCAAGAAUGAAGAAGAAUUCGAGAAAUGGCGAGCACUUGAUAACAGAGAUGUGAAUUACGUAAAACGAAGAGAUCGAAAAAUCAGUGAUGGACAGGUGGUAUAUUAUGAAUGCAAUCGUAGUUAUUAUUCAGGAUAUACUAGCCAGUGUAAGAAACGCAGGUUGAAAACUGGGGGAAGUAUCAAAAUCUCUGGUUUCUGCCCUUCUAGAAUUCGUGUAAAGAUAUGUAGUACAGUUAUUGAAUAUGUUCAAGCUGUAUAUGUUAAAUUUGUUGAAACGCAUGUUGGUCAUGACAAUCUAUUGCGAUCUAAACAUUCGACAAAGGACCAUCAGGCUAGUAAAUUGGCAGCUGGAGUCACUAAAGAAAGGAUUUUGGAAGAUGCAAGAACUGUAACAAACAAUAAGCUAGAAGGAAUUAAUGUUCUUGAAAGGGCAGAAAAGAGGAGACAUGAUGACGACUUGGUUGCCACCAAUUUGAAAAUGUAUUUUCAGAUUGUCAAAGGUGAAUCAAGUCAAAUUUCAAAUGAUCCGAUAGAUUCAACAGAUUUCGAUUUGAUUGUAGGCUGUAUUAGAACAAGCUAGAACGCAGCUUGGUUUAUUGGAUGAGGGUACCCUUCGUAACAUGGCAAAAAUGAUUAGGGACGCUUAUAACUUGCAAUGUUCUACCAGCAAAUAAAAAGUAAUCAAGUUGCACAAUUGUGGAGUCGAAAGGUUUAUCGUCCACGGAGAAAUUUCUCAAAG